AGCGAGGAUGCCUGAUGGAUGACAGAGGCAGCCAUGCUGAUGAAAGGACGAUUCCCGGUACGCCGGACACUGGAGUAUCUGCGGAGUGGGGCACUGGCACUUAAAGAUUCGGUGAAGGUGAUGACUGUUAAUUAUAACACCCAUGGGCAGCUGAGUGAAGGAGCAAGAAAAUUUGUUUUUUUCAACAUACCUCAAAUCCAGUAUCAGAAUCCUUGGGUUCAGAUUGUUAUGUUCAAAAACCAGACCCCGUCAUCAUUUCUGAGGUUUUAUUUGGGUGACGGCAAACAAGUCUUGGUUGACGUAGAAGGAAAGAAUCACAGAGAAAUCACUGAGCAUGUCAAGACAAUCUUGGGAAAGAGCCCAGAGUUGCAGCAUGCAGAAGAACUAGCAAAGAAUGAGUAUUCACACCCUGCGCACUUUGGAAAUAAAAAGUACUGUCUGCGGGAAUGCAUUUGUGAAGUAGAAGGGCAAGUUCCCUGUCCAGGUCUGGUACCUUUACCCAAGGAGCUGACUGGGAAAUUUCGUGCUGCCCAGCAAACAGAGAAAACUAUGUAAAUAAAGCUUUCAGCAAGAAUUUA